AUGGCACAGAAUGCGCCCGAAAGGCCAGAUCUUAAAACCAAACUUCUUGCCGAGAUCGACGCGGCUGUUCGAUCAGAUGUUGUCAUCGCCUCUUCAUCUUCAGGCAUACCAAGCUCGAAAUUCAUCAGCCAAUGUCAGCACCCCGAAAGAGUACUCAUUGGCCACCCGUUCAACCCACCUCAUCUCAUGCCACUUGUGGAAGUCGUCCCACAUUCAAACACAAGUGCGUCAGCUAUCUCAAAUGCGAUGGCCUUUUACGAGUCCGUGGGACGACGUCCUGUUCACAUCAAAGAGGAAGUACCCGGUUUUGUCGCCAACCGUCUUCAAGCUGCCCUUUGUAAUGAAGCAUACAGCCUAGUGGCUCGUGGUAUAGUCACCGCCCAGGACCUUGACGCUUGCGUUACUACUAGUCUGGGGCCUCGGUGGGCCAUGGUUGGGCCAUUCCUGGCGAAUGCAAUGGGAGGAGGCGGUGGCAGUGAAGGGUUCAAGCACCUUCUUGAGCAUCUAGGACCUGCAAGCCGAGUCUGGGUUGAGGAUAUGCAGGAACACAAGUUCGACUGGUCACAGGAUAGCAUUGAUGCCUUAGGUUCAAGUGUUUCGGAUGAGCUUCAAGGUAAAGACGUCCAAGAGCUCGAGCAAAAGCGGGAUGACGACCUCGUCAAGUUCUUCAAGAUCAAGGGCGUGAGGCGUACAAGCUUCCAUGAUUUUCUCGACCACCUUUGCGAGGCGGAAGAGCAUCGAGUACAGCUUCUGUGGACAAAGCUGCUCAAAAAUAUCACCGACGGUGUGGGAAAAGGUCUCGCUGAACUGGAGGAGGCGGACAAGAAGCCUGACGCUGUCAAGAAAGCAAGGGAUUGGUUUCGACUCGAUGCACGUUCCCUUCCCACCACCUUGAACGGAUUGACACUGGAAGACCUCCGGCAAGUGUAUCGGGAAGGAAGUGGGGGCCAACCGAUGAGGGGGUUACAGCGCAACAACUGGGGUACUACCAUCUUUCUGUUAGCGGAUGCUCAAGUGCUACAAGAUCCUGACCUCAAUCUGCUGAAAGUUGCGGACGCGAAGUACGACCCUGUUGCUGCUGUACCUAAGAAUUCCCGGGUUGGUCCGCAGCGAUACUUUGGAUGGUUCACUAUCCCACCGACAGCCGUUUUGGACUUUUACAAUGAGAUGGACAUAUUCACAUUUGAGCAAAUCUCCAACCAUGCAUUGCCAGGAACACACUGGGAUGUGGGGUGCAAAUAA